AUGGCGUCGCUCACUAGAUCUUUCCUCACCCCGUCGCAUUCGACCAGCGUUCCCCUCUUCCUGGCUCCCGCUUUCGCCCGCCCAUUUCCCAUCUCAAUAUCUGCAACAGCACAAUUCUCGACGUCAACCCCCAACCAACGGAAACCGAAUUGGGCGCUGAAGGCGCGGCCCAAGAUCGACCGCAACAAAAAGAGAGGCGUGAGCGCAAUCCGCCGGACAGGACCGAGAAGUACACGUGGGUUAUGGAACUAUCCGUUACCGGUACCCGUGGCGAGAGAUCAUCGGGGCACGAACCCGGAGUAUGUUGAGGCGCAGGACCACGGCCUCUGGGGAUUCUUCGAUCAGAGCAAGCAGGCACUGCUGGAUCCAGAGCAGGAGUCCAGCCACGGUCGCGCAUGGGAGUACAAGGAAUUGUCCGUGAAAUCCUUUGACGACCUCCACAAACUCUACUGGGUAUGUGUGAAGGAGCUGAAUCGCAGCCUUACGCGAGAAAAAGAACGCACACGCCUUCGGGCAGGGUUUGGAGAGGUGGAACAUCAGGAGAGAGUCGAUGUCAUCAAAACAACUAUGCAACUCAUCCGCGAAGUCCUCGUCGACCGACAAUUAUCGUUCCAACAGGCCAACGUGCUAGUCAACCAGAAAACGGUCGCCGACAUAUUUGCCGAGGCAGAGGGAGCUGCUCUCGAGGAUGACGUAGCAUCGUCGACGCAGGAGAGCUUUCCAAAAUCUACACCCGCGGUGUCCUGA